CUUGCUAGCGUUGUAACGUAUAAGCUUGGAAUUAUUUAAGCGGACUUGGGGAUCUGUAUAUGCAGAGUACAAUAUAUUAUAUAUUUGAAAUGGAUUUGACGUGUAGACCGAACCUGUUGUCACCAGAAACUGCAGUAACAGACCGACCAAAGCUAGCCGCUACAGGUCAAGGUCUUCGUCAAACCGCUCUGGACGGAGUAAGGCGGCAUGAGAUGUUCGAGCAGCGCCUACAACAGCUCGUGUUUCGUUACGAGAUGGUUACGAGCGGGAGGCUACGACGUUUACGACAAGAAGGCAUCCAAUUGGACCGGGAUGACCUUAAACAUUACGCUCGGCAGAGGACGUUCGCCGAUAACGAAGAGCGCGCCAAGAAUUAUAUAGGACUAUUCAGGUCAAACACAGAUAUUGGUUUGAAACGGGUCUCGGAAGUGAACUUUACACUGGAUUUUAGUUUUAAUGCCAGGUCCCCAAUUAGAGCGAGACGAGACAUAGCCAGCAUAAGCCCAUAUAUGGUGAAUCACGAUGCACACGCUCCGCUUCGGUCAGAAACGGAGAACACAAAAUUAACCCUCGUCAAUAGCUUGUCCAAACAACAUCAGCAUCGUCACCACUGCCACCAUCGUCAGACACAUCCCGGUAAUUCUGAUGACGAAAUUAACAGAGGCAGAAACGAACAUCAGUCAUUUACUAAGCGUCGCCAUUCGCUAUUUUCCGCCGUUCCAAUAGAGUCCGCAUUCAACGCUCUGAAAGCUAACAGCGGCGAUCUUUAUACGCCUGCAUUUGCAGAGUACCCCCGGCAUUUGUUCCAUACACACUGCGUGCAGUCUGACAUGUAGCGGAAGGUCCAUGUUUGUUUUAAGGUUGCCCCGUCGUACAGCCUCCUUAGUUCCACUGACCACAAGCCCUACAGCUGUACGUAGAAUUGGUGACCAUAACACUAGCACGCACGAGGCCAAGUUUCGCAAAGCUAUAACGAAACUGUCCACGGUUCAACAGUUUCGGAUAUCCAGAAAGCGUUAUCAAUCGACCUAACAUGAAUGACUUAAUUACGAAAAUGCUUCACGUUGAAAAAAACAAAAGAAACUAACAUUGCAGUAUGUCCCAUGCAUUCGGUCAAUUUUACGGUAUAAGAAUUGGGGCGUAGUGCUGAAACAAAGUUUCAUAAGGUUAUUUCAGGUAUCAAUAAUGAUUUAAAUCGUAAAAAGAAGAAUAAAAUAUAUAACAGACAAUAACAAAGCUCCAAUUCAAUUGUAUAGUUUAGUUUUAAUGAUGUUUUGUCAUCUGCAAGAACACACUUUUUUUCUGCAGAAGCCUUUAAAGUUUAAACCUCAAAAUAAAACAGUUCAUUUUCUAGUGUAACGAUUUUUAAGGACUUCUUUUGGGCAUUCUGUAAAACAUGUUUUAAAUAUAGUAUUUAGCAAACAACUUUACAAACUUAAAUUCAUUGUUUACAUGUUUUAAUUUGUAAAGUUGAUACUAGCUCUAAUUGUUGUAUUCGUGUAUGGGAUUAUUUAAAAACAAAACAAACUAAAAUGUUAUAUUGACAAAAAUUAUGCGAUUCCUCCAUGCAAACAGCAUACUAUGAAUUUAAAUUAUUUUGAUAAACUGUCAUAUUUCACUUAUAAUACUGCUGUAUGUUAUGUUUUUUAAUAUUUGUUGUGCUAAUAGUUUUAAAAUUAUAGAGGAUUUUUU